UAAACCUAGUCUUCUCCUUUCUUCUUCCCGUCGACAUCAGAUCAGUGAGUUCUUAGUGAUUCCAACAUCGAUAAUGAAGUCAAGACACUCGAUUGCUGUUUGAUUUCAAAGUGGGUUCUUUGAUUCAAUUCGUUUCCGUCACUUGCUCUUUGAUUCAAGCGUUUUCUCUUUGUUGUGAAGCCAAAGUUCUUUGUCUCAAUUCCGCCAUUGUUGUUCAAGGAUCGAGCUUGACAUCAUGGGUUUUAGAUUGUGAAGACAGACACUCGAUUCUGCUUUGGUAUUUCGUAAUUGCUGCUACACAUCUCAGGUAGAGGACAGGACAAGAGGCUCACGCAGCAGCAAUUAUGGUGUUGGUAUCUAAUUCUACCCAUCACAACAAGGAAAUACAUGUCAGAAGGAGAAUCUCUGAGAUAUUCAAUAGACGGGAAGAAGAUUUUUCAUCACUUAAAGAGUACAAUGACUACUUGGAAGAAGUGGAGUGCAUGGUAUUUGACUUAAUAGAUGGAAUAAAUGUUGAGGCGAUUGAGGAGAAGAUUAAGAAAUACUCUAAAGAGAAUGCUGAACAGAUAAUGAUUAAUCGAGCUCGCAAGGCUGAAGAAUUAACUGCAGCCUUGGCAGCUUGCAAGGCCAAACCCCCACAAACUGAUGCUGAUACGUCGUCAAACCAUGGGGUUACUGCUGGAACUGCAUACGGUCAGGCUCCACGACCAACGGGAAUGGGUCCACAACCAGUGCCUAUAAAAGGAGGAGCAAAGCAUCAACUUUACUCAAUGGAAGGUGAAGCAGAGAGAGCUGGAGGAUUUUCUAUAGAGAUAAGCAAGAGGAGGGCUUUGGAAGAAGCAUUUGCAAGCAUUUGGGUUCUAGCGGUAAUGGGUUCGUUAAGGUUUUCCAUUCCACUGGACCCGUUCGACUCAAAAAGAUUUCAUUUUUCUGCGAACCCAUUUCAGUUUCCUGAUCAAUUCCCAAUUUUUUCAGUUACUAGUAGCUAUGUUCCCGCCACUAGAAUUGGUUCUCUCGUCAGGGCUGAGAAAAUUCGAGUAUCUCGUCUCGAUGUUGAAGCAGAGGAGACCGAGAAUGCUAUUGAUUCGGCGAGUGCAGCUAAGGUGGAGAGAAGCUCGAGUUCUAAAUUGAAAAGUGGAAAGACCGUCAGUAGUGGUAAUAAGAGAGGGACAAAGAAAGAUGUAGUUAAAAAGUUCAGUUUCCGAAGAGAAAGCAUUAACCUUGAGCUUGAGGAGUUGCUUGUGAACAAUGGGGAAAUGGAUGUUAACUACUCCGCUAUUAAGCCCACUUUGAGUUUGGAGCAUUGCAAUGGUAUACUGAAACGUCUUGAGAGUUGCAGUGACUCUAAUGCGGUCAAGUUCUUUGAUUGGAUGAGUUGUAACGGAAAAUUGCAAGGUAACUUUAGUGCUUACAGUUUGAUUCUUAGAGUUUUAGGAAGGAGACAAGAUUGGGACCGAGCCGAGGAUCUGAUCAAAGAGUUGUGUGGGUUUCAGGGCUUCCAGCAGAGUUUUCAGGUCUUCAACACGGUUAUAUAUGCGUGUGCUAAAAAGGGGAAUGUGAAGUUAGGUUCAAAAUGGUUUCAGUUGAUGUUGGAGCUCGGUGUUCGACCAAAUGUGGCUACAAUAGGUAUGCUCAUGGGUCUCUAUCAGAAGAAUUGGAAUGUUGAUGAAGCGGAGUUCGCAUUUUCUCAAAUGAGGAAAUUCGGGAUUGUGUGUGAAUCUGCUUACUCCGCGAUGAUAACGAUUUACACACGUUUGAGAUUAUACGUUAAAGCAGAGGAAGUUAUUGACUUGAUGAAAAAAGAUAGAGUGAGGUUGAAGCUUGAAAAUUGGUUAGUGAUGCUUAAUGCUUAUAGUCAGCAAGGCAAGAUGGAACAAGCAGAAUCUGUAUUGACCUCUAUGGAAGCCGCAGGGUUUUCUCAGAAUAUAAUUGCAUACAAUACUCUAAUAACUGGCUAUGGUAAGGUUUCUAAAAUGGAGGCUGCACAGAGUUUAUUCCACCGCUUCUACGAUAUUGGGAUUGAACCAGAUGAAACAAGUUACAGAUCAAUGAUUGAAGGUUGGGGCCGCGCUGACAAUUAUGAUGAAGCAAAGCAUUACUAUCAAGAGCUGAAGCAGUUGGGAUAUAAACCCAAUUCAUCCAAUCUUUUUACUUUAAUCAAUUUGCAGGCUAAAUAUGGAGACAAAGAUGGUGCCAUUAAGACAAUCAAAGAUAUGGUUAAUAUUGGAUGCCAGUACUCCUCAAUCCUUGGCAUCAUUUUGCAGGCUUAUGAGAAGGUUGGAAAGCUUGAUGUAGUGCCUUAUGUUCUCGAAGGUUCUUUUCAUAACCAUAUCCUUAUAAACCAGACUUCUUUCUCGAUCUUAGUGAUGGCUUAUAUCAAACAUGGUAUGGUUGAUGAUUGCUUGGCAUUGUUGCGAGAAAAGAAGUGGAGAGACUCAGCAUUUGAGUCCCACUUGUAUCAUCUGUUGAUUUGCUCUUGCAAAGAAUCUGGUCAACUUACGGAUGCUGUGAAAAUAUACAAUCAUACAUUGGAAUCUGAUGAAGAAAUAAAUCUGCACAUUAUAUCCACAAUGAUUGACAUUUACACAGUGAUGGGCGAAUUUGGUGAAGCGGAAAAGCUUUAUUUAAAGUUGAAAUCAUCUGGAGUUGUUUUGGACAGGAUUGGAUUCAGCAUUGUGGUACGGAUGUAUGUGAAAGCUGGAUCCUUGGAAGAAGCCUGUUCUGUCCUAGAAACCAUGGAUGAGCAAAAAGACAUUGUUCCGGAUGUGUACUUAUUUCGGGAUAUGCUUCGGUUAUAUCAGAAAUGUGGUCUUCAGGAUAAACUCCAGCUUUUAUACUACAGGAUUCGAAAGAGCGGGAUCCAUUGGGAUCAGGAGAUGUACAAUUGUGUUAUAAACUGUUGUGCACGUGCUCUUCCGCUUGAUGAGCUCUCAAGUACUUUUGAGGAGAUGAUUCGAAAUGGAUUUACUCCUAAUACAGUCACAUUCAAUGUCCUCCUUGAUGUUUAUGGGAAAGCCAAGCUCUUUGAAAAGGUUAACGGGCUUUUCUUGUUGGCGAAAAGACACGGAGUUGUGGAUGUAAUAUCUUACAACACCAUUAUAGCCGCCUAUGGACAGAACAAGGACUUCAAAAACAUGUCGUCAGCGAUUAAGAACAUGCAAUUCGACGGGUUUUCUGUGUCACUUGAAGCUUAUAACUCUAUGCUGGAUGCAUAUGGGAAAGAUAAACAGAUGGAGAAAUUCAGAAGCAUCUUGAAGAGGAUGAAGUCUACUUGUGGAUCAGAUCAUUAUACAUAUAACAUCAUGAUCAAUAUAUAUGGAGAGCAAGGAUGGAUCGAUGAAGUCACGGAAGUGCUGACAGAAUUGAAAGAAUCUGGACUUGGUCCUGACUUGUGUAGCUAUAACACACUGAUAAAGGCUUAUGGUAUAGGUGGUAUGGUUGAAGAAGCUGUUGGGUUGGUGAAGGAGAUGAGAGGAAAAAAGAUAAUACCUGAUAAAGUAACUUACACCAAUUUAGUCACAGCUUUGCGCAGGAACGAUGAGUUUCUUGAGGCUAUCAAAUGGUCUUUGUGGAUGAAGCAAAUGGGUAUAUAAAAUAGUUGAUUCUUUAUCUGUGUUUUUGUCUAUAAUGGCUGCUUCUUCUUAAUAAAACCCCAAAUGAGGCAUGCGUGUACAUUCUGAUCAGAGUUAAUGUAGCAAGUCUCAGUCUUUCAAAAAGAGUAGAUCGGCUGAAAGUUGUCAGAUUAUGUCUGUAGAAAGUAGAGUUCCUUGAUCUUAUUGGUUCUUCAAAGAAAAGUUCCAAGUCCAGGUUUAAAGUGGUUA